UGAAUGAAAUCUUUUUAAAACAAUGUUUAACCGAAAAUUUUCACUGUUGUCAUCAUGUUUGACAAUCAUCACUGUGAUCUGUUCAUUCAAAUUGUUGAUCUUUGCUGAUACUUUAACGACCGAUUCUUGGAACAGUGAUGAUGCACAAAUACGAGCAAAGCCAAUUAAUCAGGCUCAAUAUUUUAAUCAAUUAUUAUUGAAACAACAAAAAUCCAAUGGAUUUCAGCCGAAUACACCAUCAUCAUUGUCAAAUCAUGAUGAUACGGGCGUGACAGCUGAUGUUACUGGAAAUGGUAUCGAUCAUAAUGAAUUAAUCGAUGAUAUAUCCUCAUCUUCAUUACCAUCAUUGGUUAAAGAUAAUGGUAUCGAUGAUAUUGGUGAUAUACGAAUAGCUGUUAAGAGCAAACGACGUUAUGAAUACGUUCCGGUUCAUUAUGAUCGUGAUGAUCAACAACAAACACCAAGAAUGAUUGAAAUUGUUUCGGAUACGAUGCCAUUACGAUUACAUUUCAAAUCUCAAUCAGCUGCAAUUGUUGUUACACAAUCACAUAUGUCGCCAUCAAUGAAACCAAUUGAAGAAACUGUAUCGAUGGAUGAACCAUAUCGAUUAUCACAUAAAGCAUACAAACCAAUUGUACAAGACGUAAAUGAAAUAAUUCAACCUUAUCGUAAUAUUGUUCAACAAGUUAAACCAGUAAUCGAAAAUAUUCGUACAAUUGUUCCAAAAGACAAUGACAUUCAUCAUCAACAUCAAUCACCAUCAUCAUCGUUGCCCAAUACACAAUGGAAUGGUCAUUUUCAAAAGAAUAAUAAUAACAAUAAUAAUAUUAAUGAUAAAAUCAAUACGAAAACCUAUACGAAUCGUUUCUAUGAACAACAACGUCAAACAUCAAAUGGUUAUCGUGAUCAAGUAAAAACAAGUGAAAGUCAACAUCAUGGAAUACAGAAACGAACAGCAUUAAACAAGAAUACCGAACCCGAUCGAUCAAUUCAUCAUAAUACUAGACAAAACAAUUUUCAUAAUUUUAUUAGAAAUCCAAGAAUAAUUCCAAAAAACAGCAAUGACAAUCGGAGAAAAAAGAAUAAUCAUCUUAUGCAGUUGGAAUCAAGUUCACUGCAAAGUACCUAUGUUCCUCGAAUAAUGAAUGGCAAACAUAAUGAAAAUGAUCAAAUAGUUGGUGAUCUAUAUAAAGACAAACUAAUCAAAAAGAAAAUGGACAAUGGUAUUGAAUAUUUUGAUUCAUACAUUCGUCAUACAGGGAAACAUAUAGAUUUUUUGGAGCAUGAUGAUGACCAUCAUCAUUCACAUGAUAAUCAUCAUCAUCUUAUUGAUCAUAUAAUUAAUGAUAAUAUAGAUGAUACUGAUACUAUGAUAGAUUUGAGUAGUAAUGAUGACCAUGGUCAUGAUCAUCAUUUUUUUAACGUUCAUCAUUCUCAUACACAUCAUCCUCAUCAUAAUCAUCACUAUACUGAUGAUGAUAAUCACCAACAUAUUAUCGAUGAUGGUGAUGUAAUCGCUUUGAUUGAUAACGAUGGUCACAGAAUAGACGACCAUGAUGAUCAUCAUCACCACCAUCAUCAUCUAUAUGAUAAUAAUCAUUUUUUCUCAUCGUUUUAAAAUUUUCAAAAUACUAUUGAUGGCCAUAAGAGAUUAAGACUUUUCCCUUGUUUAAAUUUGGAUUUUCU